CUCCUUCGCUAUAAAAGGCGCGGAGCUGCUUCCAGAGACUCAGUCCGAGUCAGCAGCUCGCGCGUGUUCGGCUUUCAAGGAACGUACUGCCGAGGCAACCUCCGGGACAGCUCUCUCUCUCGCGCGCGCUGGAUCUUUCAGAACAGAGCCCCGAAGACACGCUCGCACAAGGCAGCCUACUGUAGUUCGACCCUGAAGGCAUCAGCGCCGCCAUGCACAGGCUCGUUUCCAUUGCCCUGCUAUUCCUGGGUGCCAGUUUGGCUGCUUCCCUCUUCCUUCCUGACUCUCUGGAGCUGAGGCAGCUGAUGCAACGCUACCAGGAUGAGCUGGAGCCCAACGGCACUAAAGCUGAUGCGCCUUUACGCACGCGCAGAGCCAUCAAGUGGUCAGACAGAGAGGAGAUCCUGCAACUGCACAACAAGCUGAGAGGAGAGGUGUACCCGACCGCAUCCAACAUGGAGUACAUGAUUUGGGACGAUGAACUGGAAAAGUCAGCGACCUACUGGGCAGAACAGUGCCAGUGGGAACAUGGACCUAAAGACCUACUGAUGUCCAUCGGCCAGAACCUGGCAGUGCACUGGGGAAGGUACCGCUCUCCGGCCUACCAUGUGCAGGCCUGGUACGACGAGGUGAAGGACUACACCUACCCUUACCCUCAUGAGUGUAACCCCUGGUGCCCUGAGCGCUGCACUGGACCCAUGUGCACCCACUACACACAACUGGUCUGGGCCACGACCAAUCGCGUGGGCUGUGCUGUACACACGUGUCCACGUAUGAACGUAUGGGGAGAAAUCUGGGAGAACGCCAUCUAUCUCGUCUGCAACUACUCACCCAAAGGGAACUGGAUCGGGGAAGCCCCGUACCAACACGGCCGACCCUGUUCCCAGUGUCCACCAAGCUAUGGAGGAAGAUGCAGAGACAACCUCUGCUACAAAGGAGACCCUGAACGUCACGAGUCUCCAGAUAUGAAUGAGGUGGAGAGGCCACAGGAGCCAGUGCAGCCUCGAACUACUCCAACCAAGCCUCAGCCCAAACCUUCAUUGCCCCAAAAACCUGCAAAUGCCAAACCAAGAGCUAGCUUUCUAGCACAAAAUAUUAAGUGUGAGACAAAAAUGAGAGACAAAUGUAAAGGAGCAGCCUGCAACAGGUACAACUGCCCAGCAAACUGCUUGAAUAAGAAGGGGAAAGUGUGGGGAACACUGUACUAUGAUGUUCAAUCGAGUAUUUGCCGUGCUGCUAUCCACUAUGGAAUAAUUGACAACAAUGGAGGCCUUGUGGAUGUUACAAGAAAAGACAACUUCCCAUUCUUUGUAAAGGCAACCAAAAAUGGUGUCGAGUCUUUCAGUAAAUACAAACCUGGCAAUGCCUUCACAGUGUCCAGAGUGGAAGAGCAAACAAUAGACUGCUACACGACAGUGGCUGAGAUUUGUCCCUUCAAAACAUCCACCUCUCAUUGUCCAAGAGUCUUCUGCCCGGCUAACUGCAUAAACGAACCUUCAUAUUGGGCUCCAGUGGUGGGCAGCAACAUCUACGGAGAUGGCUCCAGUAUCUGUCGAGCAGCUAUCCACGCCGGGGUGAUCAAAGCCAGCGGUGGCUAUGUGGACCUCCUGGCUCUGGAUAAGAGGAAAAGCUACACCGGGACCUUGAAGAAUGGCAUCCAGUCCGAGAGUAAAAGCAAUACAGAGGGUGGUUCGUUCCGUGCCUUCGCUGUUAGAGAGUGAGACGCCACUGAUGGGACAUGAACCAUCACCAGUUUGCUCUCUAAUGUCAGGAUGUAUCAAAUGAAAUGCAACUUUUGAACAAAAGAGACAUUUACAGAAGACCAAAGGAUCUAUCAGAGUCUACUAGCUUAAUCCAUGGCCUUCCAAAGGUUUUAUAUUCAAUUGUGAAUAAGAUUUUUGACCACACAUGCAGCUCUUAACAAAUCGCAGUGUGGUAGAAAUGGUAUUUUAACAGCGGUGCUGGUUUUAAUCGUUGUUGUUUUUUUAAAAAUCAUUUAAGUCAUUUUUAUUUUUUUUAUACAUGCAAAAUGUCUAAUUUCCAUACAAAAUGCAUACUGAUUACACUGUAUUUAAUCUGUACAGAUAUUUUGUUGAUUUAUCAGGCCUGUUGUGUGUUUCUCCGUUUUUAGUUUUGCUUUAUUUCCUAAAUACUUUUUGGAAGUUGGAGCUGGAAAAGAAUAGUUGCGUCCACUUAGUAGUAGUUGCUUUAAGAAUAAUUUUUCCCAAAAUUCGCGAAAAUUACAAACCUCGUAUAAAAAUAUAACUCAGAGCUCAGAGCUCAUGGUACGUCUGUCUCUAAAAAGUUUAUGCUUUAUUGUUAAAAAUCAAUUUCUCUAUGAGGAAAAUGAGUGGGAUUUUUACUUCCGGAAACUUUUCCGCUCUGCUGCAAUAGUAGUUGAGUGUGUGCAGUUCAUUUGGGGGGGGAUUUAUUGGACCUGAAGUGGGCGAACAGAUGCUUCGCAGAGAAAUGGCGAAGAAAAAGGGGCAAACCUCCAAGCAAAAGAAACCUUUCCUUCAUAAUGCAUGCGAGCCUUCCAGAGUCAACAGUACUCAGAUAUUAUGGUAAAGGUGCAAAAACAUUGAAACAAUGUUCAGUCCCAGGAGGAUUCAGAGUCACCGAGUGCGUGUUUAAGCUCAUCUUUCAUUAUGGUACCUUCAUUUUUGUUAUUUAUUAUUAUGCCUCCUUCCCUGCUCAGAACUGCAAAUUCUGUGGAACGGAACCAAAUUUUUAUGAACGAGACGCGUGAUAUGUGCUCACUUGAGAAUCGAACGUCUCUCAGCGUCUAACAUGUUCCUGUUUGGUUAAAUGCUAGACACAACCCAGAGCUUGUCAUUUCUGCCAAAAGCAAUUUCAUUAAGUUUAACUGAAUUUUAUUAUUUUGCACGAAGUGAAACUCGUGCGCCACGCCGACAGAACAUCAGUUUGUUUAAACCACUUUAUACUGCAACAUAAUAAAAAGGUACUUGCUCUAAAAGCCAUGCCUCUGAGGAGAAAGAGACUGUAUAUCAACAGCAUGUCCACUUCUUAUCUUAUCUGUAUACCUCUUAGUUAGUGUUCAGAGUCCAGAAUUAAAUUUUAAUGUAGAUGUUCUUAUGAAGUAAUCCCUUUGAAGGCUUCCGUUUUGCUGCUUUUUAAUUUUCACCUACUUUUAAUUUCUUUUUAGCUUUCUUGAAUCGUUACCUCAGUUUCGGCGAUAUAUAUUUGAGUGUCGAUGUCUUUAGGAAAAUCAUAAAUGUUUGUACAGUGCAAUGGUUUGUGUAAAUAUUCAGAUCCGUGCUUCGUUUUCAAGUCCGUAUUGUAAAAGUAUGAAAGUGUAUGUCAUCUGUGCCUUUUUAAAGCCAGAGGAUAAUUGUUUUUGCACAAAUGUAAAAUUAAGACUAUAAAAUGUAUGAUAUUAA